CGCACGGGGAGCGGGGUCCCGGGGACAGCACCGCAGCCGCGAGGAAGAGGAGGAGGUGGAAGAGGAGCAGGGAGCGAGCCGAGGAACGGGCGCUUGGGCCUGGAGAGUCCCGUGCGCGGCUGAGCUCCGGGGGUGUGGGGUCGCCGCGGUUUUGUCCCGUCCGAGCAGCGGCUGUGCGCCUGGGGAAGGAAGAGGUGCCCCGCAGCCGUCCAGCCGUCCCGGGUGCCGCUGUCCGCCUCCCCCGCGAUGACCCGCUGACCGCGGCCAUGCAGCCGUGACCGGGCGCUCGGGCGCGCAGGGGGACCAGCGGCGGGCGCAGGCGGCAGCACUUUACCGCCGACUCCCCGGCUCAGCGGGGAGCGAGGCCACCUACCAUGGAACCUGUGACCAAAUGGAGCCCCAAGCAAGUGGUGGACUGGACUAGAGGGUUGGAUGACUGCCUGCAGCCGUAUGUCCACAAGUUUGAGCGGGAGAAGAUUGACGGGGAGCAGCUGCUGAGGAUCUCCCAUCAGGAUCUCGAGGAGCUGGGGGUGACACGGAUCGGACACCAGGAGCUGGUAUUGGAGGCUGUCGACCUUCUCUGUGCCCUGAAUUAUGGCCUUGAAACGGAUAACAUGAAGAACUUGGUCCUGAAACUGCGGGCCUCCGCCCACAACCUGCAGAACUACGUCAGCAGCCGGCGGAAGAGCCCCGCUUACGAUGGGAACGCGUCCCGCAAGCCCCCCAACGAGUUCCUGACGUCCGUGGUGGAGCUCAUUGGCGCGGCCAAGGCCUUGCUGGCUUGGCUGGACCGGGCUCCAUUCUCAGGGGUCACCGACUUCUCAGUCAUGAAGAACAAAAUCAUUCAGCUCUGCUUGGACCUGACGACCACAGUGCAGAAGGAUUGCCUUGUAGCAGAAAUGGAGGAUAAAGUGUUAAACGUAGUCAAGGUUUUAAAUGGCAUUUGUGACAAAACAAUCCGCUCAACCACAGAUCCUGUUAUGAGCCAGUGUGCGUGCCUGGAGGAAGUGCAUUUGCCAGAUGUUAAACCUGGAGAAGGCCUGGGCAUGUACAUCAAAUCAACCUAUGAUGGAUUGCAUGUGAUCACUGGGACCACAGAAAAUUCUCCUGCGGACAGAUCUCAGAAGAUUCACGCUGGUGACGAGGUCAUUCAAGUCAAUCGACAGACUGUGGUGGGGUGGCAGCUAAAAAACCUGGUGAGAAAGUUGAGAGAGAAUCCCACCGGCGUUGUGUUACUCCUGAAGAAGCGGCCCACGGGCUCCUUCAGCUUCACCCCUGCGCCCCUGAAGAACCUGCGGUGGAAGCCACCUCUCGUGCAGACCUCACCCCUGCCCACCAAGACGCAGUCCCCAGAGAGCACUAUGGACGCCUCGCUGAAGAAGGAGAAACCCGCCAUCUUGGAUCUGUACAUCCCCCCUCCGCCUGCCGUGCCCUACUCUCCCCGGGAUGAGAAUGGGAGUUUUGUUUGUGGAGGAUUCAGGAAAGGCAAGCAGCCUGUGCCUGGGCGCAAGGGUUCCGAGUCCCCGAACUCCUUCUUGGACCAGGAGAGCCGAAGACGUAGGGUCACUAUUGCUGAUUCUGAUCAGUUGCCUGGGUAUUCUGUAGAAACCAGUAUCCUGCCCACAAAAAUGAGAGAGAGAACCCCAUCAUAUGGCAAGCCCAGGCCUCUGUCCAUGCCUGCAGACGCAAACUGGAUGGGGAUCGUGGACCCUUUUGCCCGACCGCGAGGUCACGGGAGGAAAGGGGACGACGCCCUGUGCCGGUACCUCAGCAACGAGCGGAUUCCCCCCGUCAUGGAAGAAGGGGUCUCCCCGGCCUACCGCUUCUCCAGACCCGCCACCGAGCGGCACCUGGUGCGGGGUGCAGACUACAUCCGGGGUAGCCGGUGCUACCUCAACUCGGAGCUACACAGCAGCGCCACCAUCCCCUUCCAGGAGGAGGCCACCCGGAAGAAAUCGGCCCCCAAGGCGUCCUCCCCCGAGCCCUCGCUGCUGGUCAGCUGGCUGACGCGCCUCAAGCUGUUGACUCACUGAGCCCCGGUGGCCCCCGCCUGUCCCCGCUUCAAGUGCCUUCUUCCCGGUGGACAGCCUCUGCGGCCUCCGUCCACAGCCACCGGCCUCCAUCCCGUUUCUUUGUCCUGUGGCACGUUGCAUAGACGGAGUUUUGAGAUCACUGGAUGGCAUCGAAUCAGGGGCAACUUAGGAGGCAGAGGAGGGGCCCGCAGUCUGCUUUUCCUGCUUCCCUGGCGUUGGAACAUGGGCACCAGACACCUUACCAUUCGGAAUUGGGGGGGGGUGUUGUUUUCUCAGGUGGGGGGACUGAAAUGGAUGGCUUUUUGUCGCACACACACACAUGUUGGUGUGUGAUCUCCACCCAUACCCAAAAGAAGCCAGUAGAGACAACAUUUUUGUGUCUGCUUUUAAAGCCAUCUACCGUAACACCAGUGUGGCAUGAGUUUCCAAUGUAGCUCAGCUGUUACCAUGGCUACUCCCCUUUUUCUAGAACAUUCUCAGUCUCAGUGAAUACGGAAGCACACUUUGAUAGGGCUUAUCACACACAGUGAAGUUUAUGAUUAUUUGAGAGAAGCAUUGCUCUUGUUAUAUAUUGCCUGUAAAGGAAAAGAAGCUAUGUACGGUUCGCUGAAAGCCAAAGAACAUUUCGGAAAAGUAAAGCAACCUGGUUUAGGGCUCCGGGA